GGGGUGGUAAACGUAAUUUUCCCAUUGUACCAAGUCUUCUGAAUCGAAUUGCCCUAAUAAAAAGCUUGAAAAUUUAUCAAUUAUACUCGUUUUGCCUUCGACUCGUCAACGGAAAAAGUGAGUGAAACAUAAUCCGAAUGGCAGCGGCGAUUGUGAGAUCUGGCCUCCGCUCCGCCGUACGCGGUGGCGCGUCUGCACCGCGCAUCUCCCCAGCUCCCAAGCGCUCCUUCUCCUCCUCUUCCUCGCCCCACGAUGAAGCUGCUGAGGCUUCCAAGUGGGAGAAGAUAACAUAUGCAGGAAUAGUAUCUUGCACUGUUCUCGCUAUCUAUAACCUCUCCAAGGGCCAUCCUCACCAUGACGAGCCUCCAGCAUACCCGUACCUUCAUAUCCGCAAUAAGGAGUUCCCUUGGGGUCCUGAUGGUCUGUUUGAGGUGAAACAUCACUGAAACCUGUAAUGCCAUAUUAGUCAUGGUUGUCUAAUAUGAGCACCCAAGGAAUAAUACGCUUUUUGUUUCUUUUUCAUGGUUAUUGGAACUUGUGUUCGAAAUUCGAAUGCCAUAAAAUUGUAGGACCGCAGGUCCUGUUGACAAUCCUUUGCACACUAAGCUUGGCCUUCGUUUUCGUUUGUUUUUUCACUAUCCUGUCUUUUGUGUUGAAAAUCCUUUGCAUACUAAGCUUUGCCUUGGUGUUCUUUUGGUUUUUUGUUAUCCUGUAUUUUGUGUUGACAAUCCUUUGCACACUGAGCUUUGCCUUCGUUUUCUUUUGUUUUUUUGUUAUCCUAUUUUGUGUUUACGCAAAACGACGUUUGAGGAGUAGGUUGGGAUUUCCUACAACUAUGCUAUCAUGUUGAGAAACAAUAUAUUAUAGCUUAUUAAAGCUCCUAAACCUUCAUCUAACA